AUGAAUGAAGCGGAUGCUGAGGACAGUGAGCUGGACCUCCUUGAGAAGGUUUUGACCAAGAUCGUCAGCAUCUGUGAGGUGGUGAUUCCGACCAGGAGGCGGGCAUCCAAUCAGGAGGAGUUUGUGUUUCUUGUUGACUAUGGCGCGGAAAGUCGAAACGCUGGCCACGUGGACGCACCCAUUAUGAGAUUGGAAACUGCCGACCACAUCGAAGACACAUCGGCUGGAAUCGACGAUGACAUGAAGCAACUGUUGGACAACAGAGUGCUGAAUGUCUUUGAGGUGCCACCGGACCAACAGCGCAACCUGGCUUUCCAUCUCAUGGCCAACACUCGCAGCUGCCGACGCUGGGUGAGGAAGCAAGCCUUGUCGGAGAAGCUGGUGAACUUCAUUGCUGCAAUACAGAGCAGAUAUCUGAACAAUCCCUUCCACAACUUCUCGCAUGGGCUGGAUGUUCUUGCAGAAGCCCGACUCUACCUGCACAGCAUCAAGUCCUACACGCUGUUGUCGGAGGUGACGGUGUUUUGGUUCUUGAUUGCUGCCUUGGGACACGAUGUCGGUCAUCUGGGUGUGAACAACCAGUUCCUCGUCGAGACAUCGCACGUGCUAGCGUUGAGGUACAAUGACAAGUCUGUGCUGGAGAACAUGCACUGCAAGCUUGUUUUUGAGGUUCUCAGCGAAGCACGGAACAAUGUGCUGGAGGUUUUGGACAAAGCCGACUACAAAACGGCCAGAUCGGGCAUUGUAGAGGUCAUCCUGGGCACGGACAUGGUACGACACAGUGAGGAUGUGAAGGCCAUGUCGAUUGUGUACGCCAUGCACCAGGAGGUCUUCGAAUCAGCCCAGGAAGAUCCGAGCCAGCUGAGCCACGCGCUGCAGGAGGACAACAAGAGUCGGCUGAAGGUCUUAUCGUCAUUGCUUCAUACAGCGGACAUCUCCAAUCCCAUGAAGCCUUGGGCCAUCUGCCAACAUUUAGCAGACCUUUGCUUGGAAGAGUUCUUUGCUCAAGGAGACAAGGAGAAGGAACUUGGCAUUCCUGUGCAGAUGCUCAACGAUCGGGACAAGGUGAACCGUCCAAACUCACAGGUGGGAUUCAUUGAGUUUGUCAUCGCACCUCUCGCAGAGCAGAUGGCCAUCAUCUUCCCUGGACUGUCCUUCCUGCCUGCAAACCUCAGCACGAACACGCAGAACUGGGCUGAGAUUUGGAAGCAGACAUCUAGUGCAUCGACGGAAGAGCUUGUGAAGUUUGACGUGCGGAUCUCGAAAGUCACUGGUCGAUUCAAGGCCUUUAACCAGCGGCGGGAGGUUAACGUGCGGCAGUACAAGCAUGUCUUCGUGAAGCCCCCGGACGAUGAGGAUCGUGUGGAAGCGCUGAAGAUGGCGGCGGACUUCAAGUGCACUGCCUGUGAGGUUCUCCUCCAAAGUCUGCUCCAGCGUGCUGAGUCCCUGACGGAGGAUCAUAUCAUGGACCAGUUCGAUGGCGAGCUUGAGGAAACCGUAGAGCUGACCGACAAUCCCCAGGACAGAUCGGUUUUUGGUGUCUUUCUUGGAGGACCGGGAGCCGGGAGUCUUCCCGAAAGUGAACCUGUAGCCUCAGAGUCAGAUGGGCGAUGCAAUGGUGUGGUUCUCGACCAGGCAGGUGUCGCGCCAAAUGUGACGGAGGUGGCAGGUUUGGGCCUUCCAAGGCGAACGGCACUUGCAGCAGUGGUGCUGCACCUCCGGGAUUUGCCGCUGUUUCGCAGCUGGAGAUGCCACGCCAGGCGGCUGGCGACACCUUUCGUCGCCGUGAGCGGGCAGCGUGCAGCCUUCGCCGGCCUGUGCCAGGACCGGCAACCUGGCGAGCUGGUGGCCUUCGCAGGUGAGGCUCCUCCGUUGCCAAGAACUCGUUCGUGGCUGCUGAUCAGGCUGCUGCAGGCCUUGCCAAAGUGGAACGUGUUCUAUCUGGCGCUGGAUGCUGUGUGGCUACAACCGCUCUCAGGACGCUGGAACACAGAAUCCGACGUUGUGGUUGUUGGACGGUGGCAUCGCGCGUGCAAGCCGCGCCGCAUCGGGGCGCUAGCCUCGCCAAUGCUGCCAAGCAAGAUCCUCUCUGCUGUGUGGCUGCGACCAGUGCCUGAUGUUCUAGCGCUCCUGGAAGAGGUUGUCAACAUGAUGAACAGCUCCUCUCUUCUUGGUCUGGGAAGCUUGGCGGAGGAGUCUGUUGUCUUUCACAAGGUUUUGCAGAGGGACCUCGCUAUUGGCAAGGUGAAGAUCUCCUACGUCGUGGGUGCUGUGACCAGCUACGAGCAGUUCACCGGACGAUCUCAGGUUCGGCAAUUGCUUGCAGCCGGUCACUGGCUCUGUGCCGAGACCGAGUUUGCGGAUGUGGCUGGGACUUGGGACAUGUUCUACCACAAUGGGUUUCGAACCACCUACUCAGUCUCCCAGAAGGGAGAGGUACGAGCAACGCGCGCUGAUGGAUCCGGCGUUGGGCAUCUCCAGGCCGUCGAAGCUGGAAGGUUCAGUCACAAGCUGCUUGGCAUCCAUCGCCCAGGAACAUGGGAGCGGUUUCGUCUCGAGAGCCCUGGCAGGCUGCACUUGCAACAUUGGGAGCAGGAGACACUCGUGUCCAUCGCCAAGGGCUUCCGGAAACGGCAUCCACUCUUGCCAGGCUGUGGCUGCCCUGAAGACCACGUUUGGUGUGUGCCAUCCGUGUCGUGCUCAGCUCCCAGUGCCUGCAGCCCCCAAAAAGAGGAGGCCUGCAUCAGUGCGUCGGUCGAAGCGGCCGAGACGGGUUUGAACCGGAAGGAUGCGCGGGUCCGGCAUCUUCUACGGGUGUCAGCGAUGUCUGGGUGGCAGGCUAAGCAGGUGCCAAUUGGUGUUGGCGGUGGCUUUAGCUCCAAGCUCCAGAUGGCAGUUGGACGAGCCGUCAAGGCAAUGCGCUUUGGCAAGCACCCAGAGUUUGUCGGGCAUCUGGGAAGAUAUACCAACAACUCGGAAUGCCUUGCUUUCCUCGGUGAGGUGCAGUUUCGUCACAGUGGCUGGGCGUGCUUAUUCAAGGCUCUGCCGAGAGCCUUUCGCAGAUGGUCCCGGACAGCUGCACAAAAAUCUAGACUGCGAAUGCUUUCCGCUGGUGCGGUGCAGGCGGCAGCUUGGCAACCUAGCAGAUUGAUCUGGUCCUUCUUCGAUCGCUUUCGGCCUGAUGCCUUCUGA